UUAUCAAAAAAUAGUGUUUAAAAUGGAAAACAAUGAGAUUACAAUGUAUAUGGAUGUUAAACUGGAUAUACAUAAUAAACGCCCAGAUUCACUGAAGUUUAAGCAAUGGUCCAGAUGUGAAGUAAAAAUUGAAGGCAUCAAAUGCCUACCUAGCUACUUACGUAUCGCAAUCACGGGAUGUAAUGAUGCUGAAGGAUGUCUGACGGAGGAACAACGUUUCCAAUCCAAAAGAUAUAUUAGUGUUUCCAUUAUAGUGCCGGGUGUUAGCAUAAGUUUAGCAUCUUCGCGAACGAAAGAGUUCAGCUAUGGGCUAUUCUGGACACAAAAUCGAAAGCAGUGUUUCAUUUAUUUUGCUUUGGAAACAGAGAUAAGUUGCAGGCGUCAUAUGAAAUGGAUAAAAAAGACUAUAAAAAAUUUAGAGUUACAUCGGCAAUUAAUGCUGGAGCAGAAUAGAAUGAGCCGCGAUCCAAGUAUGGGCGUGGCUGGCAGCAACACAAGGCAGUUCGAAAAGGAAAAUAUGCAGAUUCCGCUGCCAAAAAAUUUGAAUGAAGAUUUGACUGAGGCUAUUUAUUCAUCACUUGGACCUUUGCCAAAAAUUCCUAUAUGCCAUGAUAAUAACGAACACGGUUGGUCUAGGCACAAUUCAGAUAUUUAUGAAGAAAUACUUGAAUACGUUGACGGGCAGCCACGUCUUUCAAGGCGUGUGUCACGAGCAUCAAUUGCUUCCGGUAUUUAUGAGGAGAUGAAACCUACUACAAAAACAUUUAACGCCAUACAUGAAGAGACCGCUGAAUCACAGCAGCGGUCCACAACUGGAACUACACCACCGCCACUGCCACCGCUUCCACCACCCCGCAAACGUAUAAACACUUUCGAUGGUCAAGGAAUCUUAGGUGAAAUACCGCGUUCGAAUACAAAUCCUGAGUCUGAAUUAGCCAAGAAAAAGAAAUAUAAAAAUGUUUUGGACAAUAUAUUUGGUAGUGGACGAGCCAAACGUGCUGAAAGCGUAAGCGAAACACAGGCUUGCACUGCAGAAGAUAUAAUUAACAGUAUUACGCCGACUAAGCCGAUUAAAAAUUAUGAAGGAACUACACCUAUUUAUGCAAACGAUGUCAUUGCAAUAGCGCAGAAAAAGUCAUGGACAACAACUGUGUCUGCUAUAUCAAAACGAAAUAGUUUUUCCUCGCCAGACCUAUCAAAAAUCAACUACUUGGACACGUUUGAUGAAAAUGAAAUCGUUGGCGGUGCAUCGCAUGAUUCCAUUGCAGCCUGUGAUGAUCUAAAUUUAAGCGGCGAAAGUCUGCAUAACGCUUGUUUCGUGCCGUCCAAAGAAGCAUGUUUAUUAGCCAAUGGAAGGAUAUCAACGGAUAGUCUAAACGUGUCUGAAAAAAUUCCAAACAAUUUUAAUUUUUCUGCUAUCAAUUCGUCUAGUAUAAAUUUAAUAGGCUAUAAUGGUGCCACCAUACCUGCAAGUAAUCAGAAAAGAAAUAAAAUAUUGGUAGACGAUUUAACAGGAUAUUGUGUGAUGGCACCUAUCCAACCCAAGAAAACGGAAGACACGGCUACCGACAAGGUACCUACCGACCCAACCACAUCCGGUUACUCCACUAACUCAUAUCCAUCGACAAGUUCUUCGUCUGCAGAAGAACCGAAAGCAUCAGCUCCAAAAGUAAAUCAUAAAGACACUGCAGAAGAGAGUGCGAUUUAUGAGCAAAUGUUGGAUCUGCACAAAUCUAGCACCGACGUAGAUACCACAUCAAAUAAAAGUAAUAUGAAGCAAAUCGAUGAUUCGGCUACUCUCAGCUCAGCAACUGCUUUGAUAUCUACCUCCAACGUUGAUGAUUUUACCGGUAAUUUAUACGAGAAUUUAUUGGCAGUUAAAGCAUCACAAGAAUUGGAACAUAAUCUGCCACCUGCGUCGCUAAGCACAAGUACCCCAACAGAGUCGCCACACACGCAACCAGCUGUGGAAACAGAAAAGUCGGCAGAGGAAGAGGAAAACUACUAUCAAACGCCGCGAAAGUCAAUUAUCAGUGUCGAUGACAAAAUUCCUUCUUACUAUCCGAACAGCUGUGAUACAGCCAAAACUCGCCGCCACCACAUAUUGGCCACAGCGAGUCCGCAACAAACAGUGGCUAAUUCUUCACCAACAAUGUCUGGUGCGGGCACAACCGAGAAAUCCAAUAACCCCGCCUCAUCGGUUGGUCUACGUCACUUAGUGACUUUGAAAAUAAAGCGUGAGCGCAAAGAGAACCUUUACAUGUCAUCACCACAAAGCAUCAUAGAGCAGCGACAAUGUGGCAAUUAUGCGACGGAGGCAGACAACAAAAGUGCACCGAAAAGCAGCAAAGUACAUAAAACUCUACGGGCGGGUGCUUUAAAAAUUGCCGAACAUGUCUAUACCGUUAAGCAUGCUAAGCAGAAAACGAACAGUGCCGACAAGAAUUUCAACAAUAACAACAAUGAAGCAGAUGUGACGAAUUUGGCCGAUGAUGUGCGUGAACGCCUGCAAACGGAGCUGCUACAGUUCGCACUGUUGCAAAAGAUUGACUUCAAAUUUGAUGACACAAAAAUAGCUGCCGAUCAACCGAAUCCAUUGGAUGGUCUUAAAACACCCUCACCUACCGGAAGGCGACAACCAACCAACGCCACCGAUAAGGAGCGCAUCUACGAAAAUCUGCUGCACCACCAUCUACAGUUGCGACAAACUGAAAACCGUUUAGCUGCUGGUAUUGGCAGCAAUUUGUCCGCCACACCGGUGUCUAGCAGCAGCGUGACAAACUCCAAAUUGGAAAUGCAUCAGAGCUGCAUGGCGGGUGUAGGCGAUGAGACCAACAUGGUCGACGGUGGCAUGGCUGAGGCGGUUGACAGCUGCAGCGCAGACGCGGCUGGAGGCGGCCUGAGUGGUGUGAAAAAAUUUGCUUCGUUGCCGCGUUUCAAGAAAAUCGACUUUUCGCCACUGCGCUUGAGAAUCAACAAUGUGCUGCAACGCGGUCAGCAGCAGGAUUUUUAAUUGCAAGCACCAUCCCACCCACAAUCUAUAUCGGAAAGGGUGUGUUAUGUAAUGUAAUUCAGUUUAAACGAGCGAAUCGUUAUUAGUUUAGCUGUAAUCGCUUUAAAAGUGUGCUUAUGUAAGCUCUAAAUUAUUUUGCACUUGUUGAGUUUUCUAAGCUAUUUACCAUUUUACGCAGCUUUAAGCUCUUGCGCUUGUGUUUAACCUCUAGUUGUAAGUUUUUAUGUAAGCUUUCUCUCAUUUCAAAUAAGCUUUGGCUGUUCUAUAUAUGUAAGUAUGUAUGCAUUUGGAAUACUGUAUGUUUAACGCUAAUCUCACCAUAUCAAUUGUUAUUGUUGCUUUUAUUGGCCGACAUUUAGAGUACAAAAAC